CAAAUUUGUCGGACUUGAAAAAGCAAUUUCUGACAGUGUGUCCAGGUGACGCGUUAAUGAUUAACACGUUAUCCAAGAGGUGAUCCAGGGCCAAUUCGCUCAAGAUAGAGGUAUUUUCUUCCCGUCUAAGUCGCGAGUGCAUAUUUGACAGUUACUGUGUAACCACCCCUGACAGAUCGGUCCAUCUUCAUUUCUUUUCUCGAUUGUUCAUUUGUUUCGCGGCGAGUUUAAUCAAUGGCUGACUUGAAACUGCGAGACUACGACAGCAUCACAUCCUUUCUGGGACCGUGGGGUGCCUUUCAGCGGCGGAUUUUCUUCGCCUUGGCCAUCAGCAUCUACCCCAAUGGCUUCAUUGGCAUCUACAUCGUAUUUGUCGCCGACACGCCGUCUCACCAAUGCCGCAUCCCUGAGGAUGCCAACAUCAGCCAGGCGUGGAGGAACGUGACGAUCCCCAUGGAGAUGGUGGAUGGCAUGGCGAAGCCCGGGUCUUGCGCCAGGCUCAACCUGGAGAUGGUCAAGAACUACUCCCAGAACGGCGUGGUCCCUAACUUCGGGGUUGAUGUGGCCAGCAUUCCUCUAGAAGCCUGCUUAGAUGGGUGGACAUACAGCAAAGACAUCUACCAGUCGACCAUUGUCACUGAGUGGGAUCUAGUUUGUGAGAAUGCACACAAAAUCCCGUUGUCGUCCUCCAUCCACUACCUGGGCGUACUGGUGGGGGCGUUUAUUUCGGGCCAGGUGUCGGACAGAUACGGAAGGAAGCCAGCGCUGUUCACCAUGAUGGUCCUCCAGACAGUGGCCAUCACGGCGCAGUUAUUCUCAAACAGUUGGGAGAUUUUCACCUUCACCUUUUUCUUGGCGGGUGCUGGCGGCUUCUCCAAUUACAUCAUCGCUUUUGUGCUGGGAACAGAAAUUCUGAGCCCCAAAGCCCGCGUGGUCUUCUGCUCCCUGGGGGUUUUCAUGAGCUCGGCCAUAGGAUACAUGCUCAUGCCCCCCGUGGCAUACUUCCUACGCUCUUGGCGGCUACUGCUGAUCCCCAUGGCCGCCAGCGGACUGAUAUAUAUACCCCUGUGGUGGUUCAUACCCGAGUCGCCACGCUGGCUGCUCUCCCAGGGCCGAGUGGGGGAGGCUGAGACGAUCCUGAAGGACGCUGCCAGGAUGAACAAGGUUGCCAUGCCGGAGGCCAUUUUCACAGAGGCGGAGAUUGAAGAUGCGACGCUGAUGAAAGACAAGAAAUACAACAUUAGCUCGAUCCUGCGCAGCUGCAACAUAUUCACCAUCACCCUGCUGUGUUCAAUUCUGUGGUUCGUCAUCACCAUCAGCUACUACGCUCUGAUCCUCAACACGUCCAACCUUCACGGCGACCCGUACCUCAACUGCUUCUUGUCAGCGGUGACGGAGGUUCCGGCAUACCUGAUCGCCCUGCUGCUGCUGCACUUUUGCUACCGCCGCCUGUGCCAGUCGUCUACGUUGCUGAUGGGUGGCGUCAUGAUCCUGUGCGUGCACCUCAUUCCCAUAGAUCUGCAGUGGGUGGCCGUGCUGCUCGAGAUGCUGGGCAAAUUCGGCGUGACGUCAGCCUUUUGCAUUGUGUACGCCGUCUCAUCCGAGCUCUUCCCCACCGUCAUUCGGAACACGGCCAUGGGCUGCUGCUCGAUGGCGGCUCGUGUCGGGACGAUCAUCUCGCCUUUCAUCAUCUACCUCGGACAAUAUUAUAAGGCCCUGCCAUAUAUUUUGAUGGGAUCUUUGGCCAUUUCUGGGGCCUUCCUCUGUCUCCUGCUGCCGGAGUCAUUUGGAAAGCCCUUGCCGGAGACCCUAACGCAAAUGCAGACUAUAUGCAGACGAAAAGGUCAAGACAAAAAGGAAGCUGAUACGCAGGAUUAUCAGAGUAAAGAAUCCAAGUUUUAGUGAAUCAAUUAACACCGGGAUCUGGAUUUUUCACCUGUAUUUUUGGACCCUAUAUUAUGACCUCCCCCAAGCUCAAAGCAAAGAUUUGCUUUUGCCCGUUUUGACAAAGAGAGGUUAUUGUCAAGGGUGGUUGGGCUCUUGAUUGAUUGAGAUUUGUGAAUUUUGUACGGUGGAAAAAAUGGGAAUACAACGUGAGCAACACACAUGUUGAUAGCAUGUCCAGAUAUUUUUGCAAGUUGAUAAAAAUAAAAUUAAAAGGGU